UUAAUGAACCGUCAAUGGCUACUGCGGCGAACGCACUCGUUUUCCCUUCAUAUACCUUCGGAGCCCGACUCGUCAAUUCUUCCGCUCGCCGUCGAUCGAUAAAGCUUUCGACCUUCACUCUCCUUCCUCUCCACUCCAUUUGUUGCAAAUUACCUUCAACGGCAGCCAUGCAAGCUCCUAGGCCUGUUGCAGCAAAGGACAUUCCACACAAAAUUGAUGAAAAUUCCACGGACGAAUAUGAUUCUCAAGCUAAAUUACUACAGGAAUUCUCUAAAGCUCCCAGCAUUGACAAAGCUUGGAUUCUUAAGUCUGAUAGUGCUGACUGUUCCCGGGCAUUCUUUUCGAUCAGUCAAACGAAUUUGGUAGCUAACAAAAAGAGGAAACUUAUCCUGUCAGCUCAUAUUGUAAAGUCAGAUAACCAAUCUAUAGAUUUUCAGUGGUCUCCCUUUCCAGUUGAAAUGGAAGGUGUGUCCGCCAUUGUUCCUUCACCUUCAGGUUCAAAGCUUCUACUAGUUCGUAAUAUGGAAGACGAGUCCCCAACACAGCUUGAAAUCUGGCAUUCUGCGCAUCUGGAGAAAGCAAUACAGAUUCCAAGAUCCGUUCAUGGCUCACUAUUUGUUGAUGGAUGGUUUGAGGGAAUUUCAUGGAACCAUGAAGAAACUCAUAUCGCAUAUGUUGCGGAAGAGCCAGCUCCAUCCAAGCUGGUUUUCGAUGAUUCCGGCUUCAAGAGAGAAAGUUUCAAUAAGGAUUGUGGUACCUGGAAUGGUCAGGGAAAUUGGGAAGAGGAUUGGGGUGAAACCUAUUCUAAGAAAAGGCGGCCUACAUUGUUCGUACUUCAAAUUAGCAGUGGCGAGGUACAGAUUGUCAAGGGUGUUUCGAAUUCUUUGAGUGUUGGUCAGGUGGUUUGGGCUCCUUUGGUUUCGAGUGCCUCGGAGAAGUUCUUAGUUUUUGUUGGCUGGCCAUCAGAAAAUGGUCCGCAGCGAACAGCAAGGAAGCUUGGCAUUAAAUAUUGUUACAAUAGGCCAUGUGCCUUGUAUGCUAUCAGGGCUCCAGUCAAGACAAAUGAAUUGGAAGAUUUUGCAGAGCCGAUCAUUUUGACAUCUAAUCUAAGCAGUGCAUUUUUUCCGAAGUUCAGUCCAGAUGGGAAGUAUUUGGUUUUCCUCUCCGCAAACAAUGCUGUAAAUAGCGGAGCACAUUGGACUACAAAUUCAUUGCAGAGAAUGGACUGGCCUGCUGACGGGAAACCGGACUCAUCCGCAAAUAUUUCUUGCGUGGUUCCUGUUGUUAUGUGUCCCAAGGAUGAUAGCUUCCCUGGACUUUACUGCUCGCAUUUUCUUCCUUAUCCAUGGCUUUCUGAUGGAUAUACUACUAUUCUGUCAUCCACAUGGCGUAGCACAGAAGCAAUUCUUUCUAUCAAUAUUUUGAGUGGGAAAGUAUCACGAAUUAGUUCCACUGACACGAUUUAUUCGUGGAAUGUUCUUUCACUGGAUGGGGAUAACAUCCUUGCUGUCUCCAGCAGCCCAAUAGAUCCCCCGAACCUGAAGUAUGGAUUCUACACAAGCCACACGGAACAAUCUUCAUGGGGUUGGCUAGAUGUUUCAUGUCCAGUAGCUGAGUGCUCUGAUAAGGUUAGAUCUUUAUUGGCUUCUAACCAGUGUAGCAUUCUGAAAAUACCUGUUCGUAAUUCUUCUGAGACCCUUUCUGAAGGUGCCAGGAGACCGUUUGAAGCUAUUUUCAUUUCACACUCGAGUUGUGAAUCCAAGGAAACAUGGCAAGAGAACAAAAAAGAUGAUGUACGUAGUCCAUUAAUUGUAAUCAUACAUGGUGGUCCUCAUUCGGUUUUUUCAACUACCUAUGCGAAAUCCGUAGCAUUUCUCUCCUCUCUCGGCUACAAUUUACUCCUUGUAAACUAUAGGGGUUCGCUUGGAUUUGGUGAGGAAGCUCUUCAAUCUCUUCCAGGAAAAAUUGGAUCUCAGGAUGUGAGUGAUGUUCUUGCAGCUUUGGACUACGUAAGUGUGAGAGGACUAGUCGACGGCUCUCGAGUGGCUGUUCUCGGGGGCUCUCAUGGUGGAUUCCUUGCAACUCAUCUUGUUGGCCAGGCUCCAAAUAGGUUUGUUGCGGCAGCCGUCCGAAAUCCAGUCUGCAACCUUUCGCUAAUGGUGGGUACCUCUGAUAUUCCUGAUUGGUGCUAUGUAGAAGCCUAUGGAAAGGAGGGUAAACAGUUAUUUUCAGAGGCUCCUACUGCUGAAGAUCUAAGUCACUUUUAUUCAAAGUCUCCCAUUUCACAUAUUUCAAAGGUGAAGACACCUAUCCUUUUCCUCUUGGGCGCAAAAGAUCUUCGUGUUCCAGUUUCAAAUGGCUUGCAGUAUGCGAGGGCUCUGAGAGAAAGAGGAGUUGAGGUGAAAGUCAUAGUAUUUCCUGAUGAUGUUCAUGCGAUCGAACGACCACAAUCGGACUUCGAAAGCUUCCUCAACAUUGGAGUUUGGUUUAACAAAUAUUGCAAGCCAUAAAGCUUGAAUUAAAACAAAACCCGGCUUUUGAGUUAUAUAUGAAAUUAGGUAUAUUUCAAUUAUAAAUUGUCAUUCCAGUAUUAACUCUUUUU